AUGUCUUCAGCAGCUGGAACCACUGCUCGUAGAACACGCACAAAUAACGCUGAUGCUUAUCCUGGUCAGGUUGUGCUCAAUGCAACUAGGAAACGACGUACCAAAGCUGAAAUAGCUGCUGACAACAAACGUCUCAAAGAAGACCUCAAAACAAAGGAACUAGCUGCCCUGCAAGGUAUCGAGCGCCUCGCAAAUAUACAGGCCAAAAUGGAGCAGGCACAGGCUUCUGAGGCAGUCAGAAAGCCAAAGCCAGUUAGACCACGUCCAGUUUCAGCCAAGGUGAUGUCUUCAUCACAGCCUCAACCAGCAGCCGCUGUGCAGGGUGGAGGACAUGGGGAUCAGAGAGAAGGUCAGGAAAAGCAGGGCCAGCUGACGGAAAAUAUUGGGGAGGAUGACAUGAAAGUUGAAGCAUUUGAGGGUGUUUCAAAACUGAAGCCUGGAAAGAAGUCACUCAGAGAUGCGGUUAAUGCGUGCUUGAAAUCAAUGAAUUCGAAGGCUGCUGAGCUUGCACGUGUUGAUCUCACAGACAGGAAAGGAAACUCUUUACCGAUGUCUGCUGUCAAAUCUUCAUAUAAUGGCCGUAUCAAGGCCUGGGCUUCAGAUGUGCCAAGUCCUUCAAGUUGUUCAUCCGAAAAUGGCGGCUCCCGGUGGUUGAUUUCUGUUUCAAAAGCCUCUGUCCCUCCAUCCACUAUAUUCUCCCACUCUGUGACAACGGCUACUUCAAACGUGACUAGCGUAAGCUCCAAAGCCAUUCCAGCAAAAGGUUCUGAUGUGUCUGCCAUUCCUAUCAGUGAUCUGGUUGGAGGAUUCGGCGAUGAAGACAUCAACGACUCAUACGAAUGCCAGGCUGCAUCUGAAGUGAUGAAGACAGGAAGACAACCGGUUGAGCCUAUCCUCCAGUUCGACAAUGUUACUGACUCGGAGUCUGAAGACGUCGAACCUGGCAGCAAGGCUGCUCGCUACUUGGCUGCAGAAAAGUCGAAUGGCAUUCCCCCACUGGCUACUCAGCCUCACCAACCUCACGUCACCCAAUUCGCAAGUGGUAUGAAAUGGAAAUUGGCGUCAGGGCCCAGCCUCAAAACCGUGGAGAGUUUUGAUGACCUGGAGGAGUCUUCACUAGCUAGCCUUAGCUUUGUCGGUGACACUGGAAUGUUGAUUGACUCGGACGAUCUGCAGGGAAUGCAGGAACCCAUGGUUGUUGAUAUCAAGAAGGCCCCACGAACGACAUCCUCGACUACCGUUAUGACUACUGAUGCUAAGGUACCACCUGCAAAGAAGGUCAAGACCGCGUUAAAGGUCAAGACCGAACAAACGGACCUGUCAGACACUCCCUUGGCGUCCACACAGGCGGAUAAUGGCCCUUGGGUUGAAAUGAUCAAGGCUUGGUCGUCCUACCGGAACACAGAUCUUCCUCCUGCUUGUCAGGACGGACGCUGGCCAAAAGUAUUUCUUCUGACCAUCUAUUUGUGGGCAGGAAGUCAGCCGAACCUUUGGAACAUUAGUGAUGACGCCCUCCUGGAAGCUAUUAACCAUAUCUUUCAAGUUGUCUAUCCAGAGGUCAAGUACGCACCCUCCUUGCAAGGCUCUGUUUUUGGUGUUACCAAUCAACGCCUCUCUGAGUGGCGCAGCAAUUUCGGCUCUACCACCAUCGCCAUCAUCAUUGACUUUAUGGCUCGGAAUGAUGACACUAACCCCAGUGACCUCGCUGAGUAUCUUCUUUUGGAUUUUGCAUUCCUUUAUGAAGACCUGGAUGUCAUUGACAAGAUGAAGACUUUCUGGUCCCCGUUUAUGCUCCAGCUGGUGGCCACCGGCCACCUCCAAGCAACAAUUGGCCAUGCCAAUGUUCCAGAGCUUAACACUGAGGCUCUCACUGCGAGCAGGAUUAGUGGUGUUGUUGGGAUAGCUGCUGCUGCGUUGGAACGUGCCCUCAAGAUCAUCAAAGACAAUGUAAUUAAUAUUGAGGAUGUACUUGCAGCUCCCCCGGCGCAACGCAAGCUCAUGGUCAAAACACCGAAGGUGUUGAACAAGGCCACCGGGAAGGAGACCUCGACUGCCCAUGCAUUUUCGGUAAACAAUUGGGGCCCAGCUACACACUCAUUUUCAAAGUCAGCUCAUCUGAAGGGCAAAGAUAUCAUGAGUGAUAUCACCUUGAUGUCCUGGAAGCUUCUCAAGAAAUCCAAGUCUGGACUUGAAGACUUCAUUUCUGACGACGACUCUGAAGAACUUGAUGUGUGCCUCUUGGUUUGA